AUGGCCUCGCAGUGUUUUUAUCCCAAUGGAACGAUUUACAAUGAUGUAAUUCCAUGCAAUGGAACAGCUGUCGCAGACGGGCAGCAUUCGUCUUGCUGCCGCUCCAACGACCUGUGCCUGACCAACGGCUUGUGCAUGAGCACCGAAGACCACGACGCAGAUCGAAACUACUACUGGAGAGAAGGUUGCACAGAUGAGAGUUACUCAGACAAUGCCUGUCCAAAGCAAUGUACAAGUGGAGACUUCGCAAACGACAACCACAAAAUCUUCCAUUGUCCAUCAUCGGAUAACACAAAAUGGACAUGCAAAGAUCCGGCAAAACCACAUCCAUUAGUCGGCACCGUAACAGACGGCUGUGACGACCCAAACCUCGUCUUCACAGAUAUCGCACCUCUAAUCUACGCCACCGCCAAACUUCCCUCUGUCUCAACAGCUACAAGCAAAUCAGCCGGCUCUUCCGCGACACCAGCAGCUUCACCAGCUUCAACAGCUAUAUCAGCUUCAUCAGAACCAACAAACUCCUCGCCAUCUUCAAAUACUUCAUCGUCUCCAUCCAACCACCCAUCUUCUAACCCCAUGGGUGCCCUCACUUCUGGUUCCCCCCAACCAUCCGAACCCGCCUCUACAUCCGCCUUGACCAUCGGCCUCGGCGUAGGCAUCCCACUCGGCGUCAUCUCCAUCGCCUCUCUCGCCGCCGUAGUUUUCCUCCUACUCCGAAGACGACGACGAGCAGACAAAGCCGAAGGACUAGCCUCUUAUCAAGCCAAGGACGCCGAAAUCCAUGAGGUAUAUACCCCCAGCUGGACCGACUCUCAAUACCCGUCCGAAAAGUAUGCGCACGAGGCAACCACGAGACUGCAUGAAGCGAAUGCGCAGCGCGAGGCUGCUGAGCUGCCUGUGCCGGACGCUGAGCUGCCAUCGUCGUCGACGAAGAGCUUGAAGAGAUAG